AUGUUCUACGCCUACAGGUUUGGAUGAGUCUUCUUCUUAAUACCCCUGCAUUUAGACUUCUUCGGCUGCCUGCAUCAGUGCCCCCGAAGAGGUACGCCACCACAUCACCAAACAUCGCACGUUUACCCCAUAUUUUGAAUCCGAAAGUUGUUGCCGGCUCUGCAAUCCUCACGGGAUCGUACUUUUUAUACCUAUGGAUAACGGAUGAUGGUAGGGCGCCGUCAUCGUAUCCUAAGACGCUUGAGGUAUACUUGACUUUCUUCUAUGAAUUUCCAUUUUCAACCUUGGUUUCCACAACCUCUUUCCCCCGAGAGGUUAACUUAGCGCCCACCCUGCAUCAGUUGCCGGUCUAAAAUUAAAUUUUAUCUAUCUCCUUGCGUAUUAUUUGCUUCUUGCUGUUACUUCCGUUAUUUGUCACCGUCCCUUCCCCUGCCCAGCAUGUUGCAUUCAGGAAAAUAAGGAAACUAAUACCGUGAAUAGAAGUGUUGUUGCUCUAUUCUCUAGACAAGCGAAAUCUAGUUCUUUUAUGCGCCUUCCGAAGAUCUUAGACAUCCGGGUGUCGAAGAUUAGUAUCGAACAUUUCCAAAUGCAGUCCUCCCAUUUGAGCUACAAAUGCAUGUCCUGCCGGCUGAGAUCCAGAAUAUUCAAGUCCACCCCGGAGUGGCCUUUACUGGUUGGUCUUAAUCGCGGAACAGUAAAUGGGCACUUCUGUUUUGUCUUAAAGCCCUGUGUACUAAGACCGUACAGUUGGUCGUAUAGCGACUUGCAUUACGCAAUUGAGGGAUGUUACUGGCAAAGACGGGGAACGUUGAAAUAGCCACUGCAGGGUCCAUAGUCGUCGCCAGUCAUUGGUAUUUUAGCCCCUGGCCUCAAGCCUAGGACAUUCUAUAAAUGCCCAUUCCAGUGUCUAUUUGUCUGCUAUAUUCCUUAAUUCUUAAUUGUUAGUCGGCGUGCGACCUCCUGGGUAGGCCGUAGACCAGUCCACCCUCUUGGUGAGAAAACUCGGUGUGCUGCGGGGGGGGGCUAAUUGUGUGUGUGGCACGCGCAGACGGACUGUGCGGCUUUGUCAGCCACCUGCGUCCCAUCUCCACAUUAGGUUGCAUUAGACUAGCUCGAACAGUGGACCGACGUCUGGGUGAGGGAAAAGAGGGUGCGGUCGACUCUCAGCACAUAUUCCUCACUACAAACAAUUUCAUGCGCAUGAAUCUAUCGCGGUGUGCUAAAAGCCGUGGCUUUGAAGACUGCCAGCUGAUACGAUAACUCGCUCCUCCCAGAAGGGGGAGCCAGGCUGCCAUGGAUCCUUCAUACUAUGGCAUUCCCACUCUAGUGGGGUCCAAACCGACCACUUCUUGUUUUUGUGAAAACCCAGUCCAUCGUGCGCUGACCAGGCCCGUGUGGCCCGCGUUCACAGGCCGUUCAGCCCUGUCAGUCGCCGCGUCCGAUCCUGCCUUCGGUCUCGCGGAAUCUGCUCUGACACCAGGCCUAAGUGGGUGAGGAAGGGCAGAGUGUGGUGGACGCUGCGCAGGUGUUCUAACUAAUUCGGGCACAAGUCACCGUCCCUGCGCCUACCAUGCUAUGGGGCCUACGGUGGACAUAGCCAUCCACAGCGGUCGGGCUGAUGAUGACAGUGGAGAACUUAGCUUUAAAGCAAAACGAAAUACCGGUUGCUAGAUGUAGAAGAAGUGUUUUUUUCAAAUAUGACAUGCAUAGGUAGCUGGCCAGUGUCUCACUCAAACGCCAGCAUGUUGUCCUGCUUCUUGCUAAUCAGCACUAAAACCUCACCGGUGUGAUCCCGUAGGCAGAUACUGUUUCGUGUGGCCUUUCAGUGCAGCAUGGCUACCGUACGGAUGGUGACUCAAUCUCAGUGGCUUUUAACACCAUUUUAGUAUAAUUCCUUCACGCCCUCUUCCGGUCACCAAAUACACUCUUCAGUCACCAAAUAGACUCUUCACUAGAUUUCAAACGAAUAAUCGAUUAGACUUCUUCACAUGCACCUUGACCUGUCUAGCCUCUCUCCUUUCCUUCAGGCAAUGACGCUCCGCCGAAUUCCGUCCAACACAUUCUCCUACUUUGUGGGUCUUAUCGGCAAUUUGGAAAUUCCAAGGCCUCUGCGAUCAAGUAUUUUCGGUACUUAUGUUCGACUGACCGGCUGCAAAAUGGAAGAAGCUCAACAAGACCAGCUCUCCGAGUACUCAACCCUCAAUGAACUCUUCACUCGGCAGCUGCGUUCUGAUUGUCGGAAAGUUGACCAACACUCAGAUCUGGUGCGUGUAUUAUUGCUCGCCUGAUUGGCCGCUUCCUCUGAGAAUGCUUCUCUGAUUGGUUGGUGGCCAGUCUCACAACAUUCUUCUCUUUACUCAUAAUGAGACUCUGAUUAGAAUCGGUCUGUGGAAGACGCUGCUGUCUCCCUCGACUGUGCGCUACCGACGAUUUUGCACCGAGCUUCUGGUUCACUCCUCAGUGCACAUGAAAUAGAAAUGCUAUUGGAAGGGAGGAUGACGUUCCUUAUUGAAGGUGGACGGUGGAAUAUUAGCUAGCAUAGUGUCGGGGGGGAGGAGGAGGUUGUUCAGCGUUGUCCCGUAGAGCUCAAUCUGGAACCCCUACAGGUAGUCCUAUAAUAAACAAUAAUAAUACAAAACCCUAGGUUAUCCAAACCUGGGAUUAAGGGUAUGACUGGAGGACAGUAGUUGAUAAGUCGGGAAUUUCCAACCCAACGGCCUUUCUCGGCACUUAUUCUACCAUGGAAUACCUGCUCAAGAAACCUGACUUGGCGUUUCGUCUAAGUCAUAACAGACUCUUCCGCACUUCAGGAGUUUCCCGUGAACUGGAGGAUGCGUGGUAGAAAGACAGCCUAUUACACCGGUGAGACGAGUAUUUAUCUUCAUGUUGGCCUCCACUCACAUUACAAGGAUCUGAGGGUACAUUUCAUCAGUUCCUCUCCUCCCCCCCCCCGCCAAACCACUGAAUCACGGCAAUACUAUGCAACCUGCUCCUCCCACUAACUCUGCCACUGACUACUUUCCUCGUCGGCCAUAAAUCUCUUUUAUCUCCUCACAUCCUAGUGAGAUGAAAUUGGCCAUAGCCUCCCUAGCUCACAUCUUCUGUCCUGCGAACCACACGCCCUUCAGUUAUUUCGUAUGAUUGCGGGUCGCUGCUCACCUUGCGAGUUUUAUUUCGUCCGUAGCAGCUUUCGCAUGCGUAAUCUUCGAUAAAUCAGGAGGGCUAACAGAACUCGUGGUGUAGCUGAGCCGGCUGAAAGUCCUCAGUCCACAAGGUUCCAGUACUCCAAAAGUUUUGCGGACAAGGGCAAGGCGACUUGGAACGUGCAAUUCUGGCUGAUUAGUUGCCAUUGAUAGCGGCCAGUGCCCCAAGCCCAGAUCAGGAAGCCUUGGGUUUCAAACCUUGACUCCUUACUCACUGAGCCGCGGGAUGCCGAUCGGGGAUAUGCAAUCUCAUCUCGAUGGCAGGGCGGAAUGCGUACGUUCUGUUUCGCCUUGGAUCUCCGAUCUGGAACCUGCGCGGGUGGUCGCAUAGCAACGAGCAGUCAGAAACGGAGAGGUAUGACCGACUUAGACGAGGACUCCAGGGUGGAGCAACGUCCGUGUUCCAUCCUUAAGUCAGGAUAGAUUGGUAAACGGCAUUCCCAUCUGACGCAAAUACAUAUACGAUCAUCAUAUCAGUAUCAUGUCUGAGUGAUGAUGUCAGGCAGGUGAACGCUGGCAAGUGCGGCGUCUAUCUAGGGCUAGUGCAUCGAAGAGUGACUUUCUGCGACUUUGGAAAACCGACUGUCUUUAUGGUCUUUUUAUCCGUGCAUUGUAAAAACUGCUCGUGUCAGUAAAAUUAGACGUUACGCACACCCAAUAAGGAGUGCUACGUACGCUUUUAACUUCGACUGAAGAAAUGUGUCUUCACCGCAUGUGCUCGAAUUGUUCUUCGUCCAGCGUAAGAUAAGUUAUUUAAUGAAUCGACCACCCUGUCAUUUACUGACUUCAACCAUCCCAUUAGUGUUUUGAUUGCCACUUUACUUACGAGUCUAAGGCAAAGCAAGCACUCCUCACACACGUGUAGGCAUAAGCGAUUGUCUUGUCAUCGUCCACUUGAUCUCGUCUACCGGCGCAACCCUUUUCCCGUCCCAUUCGCAGUUUCAGUUGUCACCCACAUGCUAACCGGCCAGCUCUUAUGAACGCUUGACUAUACUGGUCUCGUCGGACCUUCCUCAAUGCAAUAUUGCCUAACCCAUCUUGUCCAUACUUUGGCGUUGGAUUUUACCUGAACGUAUCGAGCCUCCCCAUCUAAGACAAGGGAGGACAUUGUUUGCGGUGCGAAGCCGUCCGGUAGUGCCUUGGGUUCCUCGGUGUUCAGUUUGGGUUGAAAGCACUGGAUGUAAGGACUAUUUCAUCAAGAGCUGCUAGAGUCUCCUCAAGGGCUUUUUUGAGCGAGUUGCCCUCAGCACGAACAAGGUCCGAGACGCGUAGUCGCGGACUGCAGUAGACAGGACCGGGUCCAUCGCGUUAUCAAAGGAGACGGACGGUAAGACACAACCUUGUCGACGAAGUACUCGCUCUCCUCACCAUAAACCUCAAAACAGAUGCCACUAGGUCUGGCUACCCUGGGCCUCAGGCUGCACUUCUUUUGCCGGUGCAUUUUCGGUUUAUCCUCAUUCAAGAAAGGCGCUUUUGCUGACAGCAGUACUAAAGCUUUUAUCUGGUUUGGAGUUAGGUUUCUUUUUAGUUAAACAGCGAGUUUCGCAAAUUCCUCAAAGGGUCCACUCAACGAUUAUUCUCAAAUAUAGUUUUUUUCACUCUAGGUAGACACUGUCAUGCUCUCCUAGUCAUUAUUCUGUUUAUUUUUUCUUUCGUUUGCUUUUAAGACCUCCCCUGCCGAUGGCACCGUGCUGUACACUGGGCCGGUAGAUGAAACAACGAACCAGCUCUUUCAGGUCAAGGGAGUUAACUACAGCAUGAGCGAGUUUCUCGGCCCUACGGAGGCCUUUCUGACGCCGGGAGCGAUAAGGAAGAAGAAGAAACUGGGUCUCUACCAGUGUGUCAUCUACCUCGGUCCCGGUGACUAUCAUAGAUUUCACACCCCCGCCGACUGGACCAUCACCACCCGCAGGCACUUUCCCGGUGAGUCGUGGACCAACGUUACUGCCACUGUAGGUACCACAGCACCAGUAGAUUUGCUAACUCAUGAAAUGUUGACCGAGAUUCUGGAAUGCGCAUUCGACUCAAAAAGAUUAGUAGGGCUGUAAUAUUAAUCACCUUGAAGCAUGAUCCCAUAAUAAUUCAGUUAGUCCAAAAUACCGACGUUUGAACGAAAUUCUUUCUGGCCGCCUGCAGAAACUACAAUCUAUAAAGAGGGGCCGCUUAAGAAGUAUAAUUAUUUUUAAUGAAUUUUCGACGCCUUUAUAAAUUAAAAUAUAUUUCAUAGAAAGCAUGCAUAAAAAUAUUCAUUCUUUUACUCAUUUGGUUGAAAAUUACGUCUCCUUCAAAUUUUUUACCUGAGAGAAGGGCGUAAUUCGGUUUUAUAAAGUUUUUUAUUAUGAGAUUUUUAAGACCGAGAAAUGCCUGUUCAUAAAACAUCGCAUCUUCGCGUUUGCUAAUGUCGCUUGUAAAGUUUACAAUAUGGCUCAAAUCUACUGCUAAAUUUUAUGAACCCCAUAUGAUCCCCUUUCUGCCGUAGAGAAAUGCAUGAUUUUCCGUACACGGAAGAUGCACAGCUCGUAGUUUGGAAAUCCCGAAUGCAAGUGCAACUAACAUAAUUCAUGAGCUUUCCGUCCUUGGGGAGGAUAAUUCGUUGAACCGUCCAAAUCUACUGCUAUAGAUCGUCACGCGUGGAGAGGUACAGUUCGGGACAUCAUCGAGGCCGGCUAGAUCAAGCAUGAGCUCAGCCAUACCCCAGUACAAGUGCAACGGCAGGUGGGGUUCAGAAUUAUUCAGGAAUUAGAAAGGUUUUUUAAAACCGAAUUAUACCCUUCCUCCAAGCAUAGAAUUUGAAGAAGACGUAAUUUCCCACCAAAUGAGUAAACGAAUGAACAUUCUUAUGCAUGUUUUCCAAGAAAUAUGUUUUGAUUUAUAAGCACAUCGAAGAUCAAUGAGAAAAAGUUCACGCCACUUAAGUAGCUACUUUUUACAGAGUAUGCUUUUUGCAGGCGGCCUGAAGGAAGUUCGCUCGAAAGCCGACAUUCUGUAGUAACUGAAUUAUUAUGGGAUUAUGCUACAAGGUGAUUAAUGCUAUAACCCUACUUAAGUAAUCUUUUCGAGUCGAAAGCGCAUUCCAGAAUCUCGGUCCACAUUUCAUGAAUUAGCACAUCUACUGUAGUACCUGAGGGUAUUUGUCCUGCUGCCUUCUGGGAUUUUAACGGCAAACACCAGUGACGGUCCAGUCGGUGCCUGCCUCCACGGAAUCAUGUCCUGCGGUGGUUGGCUUGAGUCUUGCGGAUCUUUUUUCAUUUGGCCUUCCGUCCCCGAGCACCAAUGACAGUCAAGUUGGGCCGGCGUCCAGUUGGUUGAGCAUGUGCGCCUUUCUAAUUGGUCACAGCGGCGGCGACCCUAACUCGGAAAGACGGUCCGAGAAAGGACAAAUGAACUCCUACUGUGGUCGGCGUACGGCAUGAGAGAGUUGGCGAUCUCAUUGUACUGUCAACUUCAGGUGUCAUUGAUCGGUGGUGGCGUUCCACACUCGGGACUUGGUUCCUAAGCUGCAGUAUCCUCCGAAAUGCUCUGCUCUUUCCCGGGCCAACGGCACGUGUCAGCUAGAUUUUGCCGUCGGAGUAGGAGGGUUUUUACCGUGAAGGACUUUUCAAGUUGAGCCACCAUUUUUAACCGUAAUCACUUUUAUAAAUUAAUGCAGGAACCUGCCUGCUACCUGUUGGCAACGUCAAGGUGACAACAGUCUGCAGGCACCUGAAGAACUUCAGCACAAUGGCCGCCUGAGACAUUCUGCAUAACUAUUGGUUGGCAAACUGUACUCGCAGCACGGAUACUAACUAAAAACCCGGAGACGCGUUUCGCCGAUUUUAUGCUCUUGUAUGGCUCAGCUAUAGGGGUUAGCCUCAUCAGUGGGUCCCCCAUCGCUCCAUAUGCUGGCUUCUGGUACAUACUCCAGUUUUCACCGUCAAACAUCUUAAUUUUCUUUGAAGUUUAUGCGCGAACUUUGAGUAAAUUCUUCGCCACAAAGCCUCUCAAACUGGGCCCGAAAGUUGAUUUACGCUACCUUUACGUCAUCUCACGAGAUAAGUUCGAUUGUUCAUCCACGGUCGCUAUCCAAGGCCUCUAAGACAGGCCGUGCCGUUGCUUUGGCUCUAGAUGUGAUCCACACAGGUCUGCGGCACGCCUUAGACGGUGGAUUUACGCCAAUUCAUCCGCCAUAACCGAUCUCCAAUCGGUUCGACUUGAAUAGGCCAUUGAGGUGCAGGAGAGGAUGCUAGAAUUGGGUUAUUCCAGCGCGGAUCCAGCCCAUACUUCUAUCAUUAUUAUAAAUCGGGCGCGCCUUCAAGCUCUCACGACACGCUUACCGCCUUGGCUGCAUAGCGGCAGAAUAACGUAAUCCUCCGCUAUGCUAAAGGUCAGACUGCAAUGCCUCCUUUCUACAGGGGUCCUGUUCGCGACCCACCUACAAACGAUCUGGAACCCAUUUAUACGAAGUCCGGUUCUCGUUUAUGCGGAGACCAGCCUGCUUGUGUGACGCGAGUGGACGUUCAUUCAACCGUCCCGGGUAACGGUAGGGAGAAGGGCCCCAAGCAUCUGUUGCAUACAAAAAACUGCCUACUACACUUUUCUGAGUAGACCGCAUAUUAUUCAAGACUUUAAGUCUUGGGUUUGUAGUGUUAGCGAAGAUAUUCUUAUGGUUUUAUGCAGCCUCGGUGACAGAGUAUCAUCUAAGUCAGCAAUUGAACUGACAUUUAACCAUCACAAAACUGCUGAUCAUGUCAGCAGGUAUUCUAGUACUGGCAUUGUUUUGUUGGCCAGAUGAACAUAACUAUCCGUUAUAUUAACUUUCGCAUUUACGAGUACGAGAUGCAUUAAAAAAUGUGCUAAAAGGUAGCACAACAGCCGCAGACAAACUAAAAUAUACGCCCUACUUAGACAAGUAUAGUGGGUAGUAUUCUGUGUGCAACAGAUGCUUGGGGUCCUUCUCCAUACUGCUUCCGCAUUCCAUUCUUGCCAAUCUCCGGUCGUCGAGGCUUGCUUAAGUCACUAAUGCACCCUCGACACAGAGGGUGGUCCUCGUCGCUCGCGGUGUCAAACAACCGAGUCAUUACUCAUUGUAGGCCACUGCUUUGUUAAUGCCUUAGCCACUCCUAUCUGUCGUUUAAAAGGUUGCCUCCUCCCUGGUGCCAUUACUCACAGGCCUCCACCAUCCUCUCCUCUCUCUUUUAUUCGCCACAGGUAAAUUACUCUCCGUUCGGCCCUCCUUAACGUCUCGUCUGCCGGGUCUGUUUGCCCUGAACGAACGCGUUGUCUACUUGGGCCGCUGGCAGCACGGUUUCAUGAGUUUUACCGCUGUGGGUGCCACUGGCGUGGGAUCCAUCUGCGUGGAGGCAGACUCUAGCCUGACCACCAACAGACCCAAGCUGGGCUCCUUCGGCCUGCCCAGCUAUCGCCACUUGACAGAGGCACCCUCCGCCUACCAGGAGGUUGCCAUGGCAAGUAGUGGCGGUGGGCUGAAGGUGAGGAAGGGAGAGGCCUUUGGCUACUUCCAACUAGGUUCUACUAUUGUCCUCGUCUUUGAAGCGCCGCUCGAGGGCUUUGAAUGGAAUGUGCGCGCCGGCGAUAAGAUCCACUAUGGAAGGCGCCUCAUUACAGAUUCUCCAUGA